GGCGCCACGCCAUUAUAAGCAGCAGCCGAGGAUGAGGAGGGGAGAGCCAUAGCCAGAUCCAUAGGGUUCUUCUUCUUCUUCCCCGGCCCACCGUUCCUCUACAGAUCGAAGUAGGUCGCAGCUACCUCGAUCUUCUCACCCAUGGCGUCCUCGAACAAGCACUGGCCGAGCAUGUUCAGGUCCAACCCUGCUGCCUGCGACUUCCACCACCAGCCUGACAUGAGCAACACCCACACCAGGUCCUCCUUGAUCUCCUCAGGGCUUGACCAGGAGACGACAAGGAGCCCAGGGGAGACGAAACCGCGGUGGAACCCCCGGCCGGAGCAGAUCAGGAUCCUGGAGGGGAUCUUCAACUCCGGCGUCGUCAACCCUCCCCGCGACGAGAUCCGCCGCAUCCGCCUCCGCCUGCAGGAGUACGGCCACGUCGCCGACGCCAACGUCUUCUACUGGUUCCAGAACCGCAAGUCCCGCACCAAGAACAAGCUUCGCGCCGCCGCGGCCGCAGCCGCUGCCCAGGGCCAACAGCCUACCGGCGGUCGCGCCGCCGUGAUGCGCGCGUCCCUAGCGGUGAGGAUGCCUGCGCCGGCUCCGGUGACGCCGCCGAGGCGUUUCCUCGCGCCGUCCGGCACGCUCCAGGCGCCGACGUCCUCGUCAUCGUCCUCCUCCGACCGCUCCUCCGGAUCCAGCAGGUCGGUGACCAUGAAAACGACGGCCAUGGCGUCUGCGGCGGCAGCCUCCCUGUCCCAGCCGAUGCUGCCGCUGUCGACCGCUGCCAUCGACCUGUUCGCCCCGGCUCCACCACUGACACCGUCGCCUGGGCUGUCCGCGUGCCAGCUCUACUACCAGCUGCAGAACAAUCCCAUGUCGUCGAUGCCGACGCCGACGCCGGUGCGCGAGCUGGUAACCUCCAUCCCUGAGCAGCCGCCGCUCCACCUGCAGUGGCCGCCGCAGAGCCAGAGCCAGUACCUGCCAGCCACCGAGCUCGGCGGCUUCCUCGGCUCGCAUGCCCACACGCAUCCGACGGCGGUCUCCCCUGGCGCGCUCCUCCUGCCUGGCCUCUGCACCGACUCGGCGUUAGGGCAGCAUGAGAUCGUGGACGACAUGAGCUCCUCCAAGCUGGGUCUCGGCGUCGGCGGCCAGUUCAACUUCAACGUGGCGGCGGAUCCACCCUCCGACGCGGUGAGCGCCGUGAUUAAGGACGACGAGAAGGCAAGGCUGGGGUUUCUGCACCACUACGGCCUCGGCGCCACCGCCGGCGCGGACGUCAGUGCGGCCGUCCUCCCAUGCACUCCGCCUACCGGCAACGCCGCCGCAAGCUCUGCAUUCACCGAUCAGCUGCAAGGGCUCCUGGACGCCGGGCUGCUGGCCGGAGGAGGCGCGCCGACGCCAAUGGCGACGGUAGUGACCGUGGCCGCCGGGCGGCCGGGCGCCCCCGUGCAAUGCUACAGCGUGCCGGCGAUGGUGCGCAUGGACGUGAAGGCGCUGUUCGGCCCGGCGGCCGUGAUGCUCGGGCAGACCGGCGAGGCAAUCCCCGUCGACGGGGCCGGGGUCACCGCCGAGCCCCUCCAGAACGGCGCCUGCUACUACGUCCUGGUACGUGCCACUCAUUCUCUCUGUCUACGUGCCCUCGCCUUCACUAGCCAAAUUAAUUGA